UUGUCCCCUAGAAAUAAAUCCAGACUCAAUCUCCCCUCCUGUUCUUUCCUUCCUCCAUCUGUCUAAUUCUAUCCUCACAGAGAUCAAAAGAGGACUUUCAGUUGACCUUCGACAUUAAACCGUCCUUGAGUCCCUGACAUAUACAAGCUUUAAGAUACCCUUAAUUUUAAAGGCAUACUUUUUUCUGCCUUUUCUUUCUCUUUCUUUUUCUUGUGAUACCCAAGUUUCUUUGAUACCCCAAAACAUUUUUCACAAUGUCGGACGCACAGAAGCCCGUUGAGGUCCCGAAGGACGCCGCCGCUGCCCCGGCAGUUGAGCCAAUUGUUGCUGCCCCCGAGGCGACCCCCGCUGUUGUCGAGGCCCCCAAAGAGGCCGAGCCCGUUGUCGCUGCCACCACUGCCGAGCCCGAGACCGCCGCUACGACGACCGCCGAGACCCCCGCCGCCGCUGCUACGACUGAGGCUGCUACCGAGACCGCGGCUGCCGAGACCGAGGGGGCUAAGAAGGAGGAGAAGGAGGUUACCCCCAUCGAGGAGGGCUACCUUGAGUCAAAGGGCACCAAGUUUCCUCAGAACUUCAUCUACACCAAGCGCUUCUUCUGGUUCGGUACUGAUGCCGUCGAGCCCAAGAACUUGGCCUCUUUCCUCAAGUCAGAGAAGUCAACUGAGAGCGCGCAGAACAUUGCCGCAUGGGCUAGCCACACUGGCGAGGGUCUCCUUUUCUUCACCGAGAAGGGCACUGACAAGACCGCUCCUGGUGGCGCCAUCCAACUGAGCGAGGCUUCUGAGCCAACUGCCGACGGCCCCACUAAGUUCCACUUUACUGCCAAGGGCCACAAGCACACGUUCAAGGCUGCUACUGCUGCCGACCGCGACAACUGGGUCGCCCAAAUCAAGGCCAAGUCCGCUGCCGCCAAGGAGCUCGCCGCUUCUGUGACUGAGAGCGAGACCUACAAGAAGACCUUGGAGAGUUUCAAGCCUGCUGCCCCUGUCGCUCCCGCCAAGAAGGGGGAGGCUAAGGCUGAGGAGCCUGCCGCUGAGGUUGCCGCCGCUACCGAGGCCGAGCCUGCCACUGAGGCCAAGGAGACUGAGGUCCCCAAGAUUGAGGAGCCCGCCGAGGCCAAGGAGGCUGCUGCCGCCAAGGACGAGAAGAAGGAGGAGCCCCAGCGUCGCUCUGCUAGCCGCAAGCGCGCCUCGAUCUUCGGCUCGCUCCUCGGCAAGAAGGAUGAGAAGAAGGAGGCCAAGAAGGAGGAGGCCAAGUCCGAGGAGGCUGCCGCCGCCGCCGCCCCUGCUGAGACUCCUUCCGCCGAGGCCGCCGUCGCUGAGCCUAUUGAUGCCGCUGUCGAGGCCCCCGCCGCUGCGACCGCUGACGCCGCAGCUACUGAGGCUCCCGCCGCCACUGAGGAGAAGAAGGAGGAGGAGAAGGCUGCCCCUGUCAAGCCAACUCCUGUCAAGCGCAACAGCCUGUUCGGCAACCUGAGCUUCGGCAAGAAGAAGACUGCUGAGCCCGUCGCCGCCGAGGCUGCUCCUGCCGUCCCUACCAAGGAGGCUGAUGCUGGCCCCGUCGCUGACGCUGCCCCUGUCAUCCCUGCCGUUGAGACCUCUGCCCCUCUCUCCGCCGAGGUCGCCUCGCCCGCCACUGUCCCUACUGAGACCGUUGAGGCUGCCCCGGCCGCCGCUGCUGAGCCGGCCAAGAAGGACAUGAAGAGCGAGAAGCGUAAGUCUUCGCUUCCUUUCGCUUUCGGCAAGAAGGACAAGGCUACUUCCUCGGACGAGGAGGGUGAGAAGGCCCCCAAGUCUCCUUCUGCUUUCUCCAAGCUCCGUGCCACCAUCAAGGGCAAGAACAAGGCCGAGAAGCCUGUUGAGAAGCCCGAGGCUACUCCCGAGGAGACUGCUGAGAAGACCGAGGCCGAGGCCCCCAAGGCCGAUGAGACCACCGAGGUUAAGGCCGAGGAGCCUGCCAAGCCCGUUGAGGCCGAGGCCGCUGCCCCUGCUCCUGUCGUUGAGGAGGCCCCCAAGCCUGUAGCUGCUACCCCCGUUGUUGCUGCCUCGGCUUAGGGAACGCGAAGCAGUUUGCCACGCUCGAUCAUAAAAUCCAGCUAGUCGUAAGGCCAGUGGAUCAGAUGAUCUAUUCGUGCGACGACCGUGACGCAUGCUCCUACGACCCUUGACCUUUUGCUUGGAAGGAAACGCGUUUAUGCCCAUUUCCACCAUAUUUUUGUUGCACAACUCUACUUUCCGGGUUUCGGUCGGGAAACGGAUCUGCAUUUCAAGAUACCCUUGUCGACAUUCGUUGGAUUCUUGAUACCCCUUCGCUAUACUCUCUUGACUAGGGUUUUGGCUUUGGAGAAUCUCAGCUCUCGACAUCAUCAGUUCGAUCAUUAUUUGGCUUCGUUUCCUUUGGUUUCAUCGUUUUGCUAUCUUUUUGCAGAAAAAACACCCCAUCAAAAUUCCCUCCAAAAAAUUCUUAAAAACACCAUCACUUGAUCUUUGCGUUUCCUUUUUCCAGUUUCGACUGUCUCCUCGUGUCUUGAUUACUGUCUUUUUUUGAUACCCAGUAUACCCAGACCCGUCGUUCAGCGAUGUUCGAAGCACACAAAUCUGUCUGUCCUUUUCAAUAUAAAACAAAGAACUACAUAAAAUAUUCUGGAGGGCAAGGGGAAAGGGGAGUCUGUAUGAUGGGGAUUCUGUUUCUGAUAAAACGAAUCCUACCAACACAGUCUGUACUCGCACACAAGAUGCCUCUCCUCGCCUUGGCUGAGAGUUGUCCUGGGUGACCAUCCCAUGGUUCCGAGAGAGGGGGAUCGUUUUGUUUCGUGUUCGGCUCGUUGUUGAUUGGGAGGUUGUUAUAGGCCUAUCCGAGCGAUUCCCGUCACACUUUUUUAAUAGCUAAUAAAAACCCUCUCGCAUGUUCGUUGGAUCAUUCCUCACAUGAGUUUUUCAAUUCGCAACCUCCAGUCUCGUGACAGCCAUCUCUGCUCAGCAUAGCAUUAGAACAGGACAAAAUUGUGAUAUAACCUACCCAUGUUGGAAACUGGAUUAACAAGUGCACCUUGCUCUUGCGUCU